AUCACAGAUGGAGGAUCUGAUGGAGCGUUGUGAGGAUGAAGGAGCUCGACAGACAGACAGUUACAACAGUGAGUCUCUGCUCGCACCCGACUCCGAUUUCAUCAGCGACGAUCAGAGCUGUCAUGUGAGCGGUCUGGAUGUGUGUGACGUGUGUGAUCGUCUGACGUUCCUGGAACAGCGUGUUCAGAUGCAGGAGGAUGAGAUCCAGCUGUUGAAGAUGACGAUUGCAGAUGUGCUGAAGAGACUGAACAUCUCACAGGAGCAAACAUCAGCGCUCCCCAAGAGAGCUACAAAUAAAGUGGCUCGUCCGGCUUCAUCAUCACUGAGGAAGAUCUCCAGCUCCACACUGCCCCCCUCCCCAUCACUGAAGAACUGCAGCCCCUCACCGGCCAGCCAGAGAACCGGCAGUGCUAAAGACAGUCUGAGCGCUUCAGCGAGUGGUAAAACUCAGACGACUACCAACACAACAACAUGCAAAAAACUAGAAAUAAUGAUGCCUUUACAUUUCUAUUUUUCAGGCGCAACACGUGUGACUCACUGCAAAGUGACUAUGCAGAUCUAUCUGAGCCGUCUGUCGAGAAGGACCGGUUCUGACCCAGCGCUCUCCACGACCUUGCAGCCCGACGCGGCGAGCGGACCGCCUGCAGCAGACACCGAUAACAGUAAAGCAGCAGAAGGGAGAAAUGCUGCGACUACUGUCCUCCUGCAGAAGAGUCCCUGUCAAACACCCGUCUCGCCCCUCCAGACCCCAAACUACAAGAGUCCCGUCAAAUCAUCCAGUCGCUACUUCCAGAUCUGUUACUGAAACACAAAACAUUCGGCCUGUUUCAAGUAAACACAUGAUGGAGAUGGAGUGGAUCAUAUAUUCAUGCCAGUUUAAGUAGCAGAGACUGUGGUUGCUUGGUUGGCACGCCAAGGCCGGUACUAGGAUGCGAUCUUUGGUUUGGCCACGUGGUGCUCUGAAGUUUCAUACUUAAUUUAAGGGGUUUGUUUAACCCUUGGUUUUCUGUUCGAGUGUUUUUUUUGACCUGUUUGACAUUUAUUUUUAAAAUUAAAAGAGAUGUUUCAGA